GACGAAAUCAAACUCUUACGCAGUCGUUCUUGAGAUUUAAGUCCCAAUACGCUAGAAAAUGGCGUCCUCGAGCACACCGGGAACAGCAGGACAACUCGUCAAACCAGAAUACAGAAACUGGCUUGCUCUUGGUCAUGCCUUGACGACGGUCCUUUGCCAAGGACUUCGUCCGUUUAUUACGCGAGAGAUGGAGGCUUUCCAGAGGAAGUUAACGGCAACAGUUCCUGGACCCUGCACAUGUGUCCAUGUCUCGAGAAGAAGACCAAACGAGUUCCACGAUAUGACUACAUGCCCAUGGGCAAACAUACUUGAAGCUUACCACCAUAGAAACAAACCAAACUGGAAACAAAGUGAUCCAGCAAAAUGGAUGGACGCAGCUCUUGGUCCGUGGGAAAUUGCUAAACUCUUCCUCUCUGAUCUGGGUGGACAUGCUGAUAUCAAGAGUGCAGACGACAUGGACAUCACUGGUAUCUUAAACCUAAUGUACUGGUGCAAUCACUUCACCACUCCUCAGACUUUGAUUAAAGAUGUCCGUGACAUUCGAAACUACAAAUGGGUGCAUGUCCCAAGACUUGAGUUACCCAAUGCAGAGAAGAUCGUCGCUUUUGCCUUCAUCGAAAACUUGCUGAGGAGUCCUCCGCUAGCCACAGAUUCAGACGCACAGAAUGCGCUCAGAGAAAUCGAAAACCUUAAAAAUGUCUCAGACUUGCACAUUUUCGAGGCUCAGGUAGUGGCAGAGCUCAUUAAAGUGCUCAACAAGGAGAUUUCACACCUUUCGCAACAAUCCCAAUCCAGCCAGGAGCAGUUGGACCAAAUGAAACAGCUAGUGUUUCUUUUGGAAAAGAGACUGGAAAGUCUGGAGAAAAAGAAUGAUAUUUCAUCACUCUUUUGCUGCGUACUUAAAGGUUUGGAAAGCUUGCUCGGUAUCCUCGCGAAACAUAUCAGACAGAUCAGACAAGCCUUGAUAAUAUGGCUACUAAUGGCUAUCUUUUUUGGCCUCUUUGUUAAGCUGGAUGAUGAUACCUUUAUCGGAGACGGCUGCCCCUCCGAGGAUCUUAGUGUCCCAUUUGACAUUAGAGAGUUUGGUUGGUUUGACUACUUAAAAAGUGCAAAAAAGGACUUCAUCGGUCGUACUUGGCUUUAUCGAGAGGUGGAAUCUGUCCUCAAUCAUCCGGUCCAAGAAAAUGGUAUAACUGGAGUCCUGAUCAUCGGAGAUCCAGGAACUGGAAAGUCUGCCCUGUCUGCACAAUUAGUUUGCUCUCGUACAUCAAGUCGCACCAUUCAUGAACACAUAUUGGGAUAUCAUCUGUGUAAACAUUCUGACAAGAAUACACAAAGUUCAGGCAGGUUUGUUCGUAAUUUAGCAGGGAUGAUAGCACAGAGAAUCCCGGAAUAUGGUUUACUUGUCUCCAAUAGUUCGCACAUUCUGCGUUCACUGCAUACUGACUGUGUAAAUAAUCAAGAUCCGAUGGGAUGUUUUGAACAAGCAGUUUUGUCACCCUUGAAAAGCCUCACGAAUGUACCUAAGGAAAACUGGUAUUUAGUGAUUGACGCUUUGGAUGAAUGCCUCACACAAACGAAAUUUAGACUAAGUAUCGUAUAUUUGCUCAAUAACAAACUAUCGCGAUUUCCAUCUUGGCUGAAGCUUGUGAUGACCUCUCGUAAUGAAUCGAUCAUCUCCUUUAAUCUAAGGAGCAUAAAGAAGUUGAUCAUUGACCCAGAAGACCCUCGAAACACUGAAGAUAUCGAACUGUUUUUGACUACUCGAUUUUAUCAAGAUGGUACUUUGCCCCACCGCGUUAAAGCUUGGUUUGGAGAUGCUAGCUUAGAAAACACAGCCAGGUUGAUUUCUCUUUUGUUGAGCAAAAGCCAGGGGAAUUUCCUGUUUGUUAAAGAAAUGAUCCGUCACUGGGAAGCUUCAAGCAUCAAAAAAAGUGAUCCACAUGCAUUGCCUGAAACGAUAGAAGAGUUAUACUACAAUUACUUUCAAAGAUUGUAUCAUGGAGAGGAACACUUCAAACCUGUAAGACGGGUUUUAGAAUUACUCGUGGCCACUUUUCAGCCGCUCACGGGAAAAGAGAUUUUUGACGUUCUUAGAGUACAGGAUGCAAACCUGGAACAAGUCUACGUUUUUCAAAAUACAAUGAAGGAGCUUGGACAUUUUCUGAGAUACGGAAAGGGUGAUACAGUAACAUUGUAUCACUUGUCUUUAACCGAGUGGCUUACAAGCGACAAUGGUAGGAAUGGGCCAUUUUACGUAAAUAGAACAAAAGGACACGAAGCACUUUGUGAUUUUUACUUUAAAUGUAUUUCCGAGGAAGGUAAGCCUGCGUUAUUAAAGCACAGUCUUCUAUUGGCACAACACAUAGCUUAUGGCGGUUGGAAGGAGGCAUACGUAGAACACUUUCUCAACUUUCCAUCUCAGGUCGUCAAUUCGUCGGAUCCUGAAAGUAGUAGGACAGUAUUGCACCUCGCAGCCACAAUAAAUAACACAGACGUACUGGAGCUUCUGUUGCGCCACUUUAGCGACAUCGAUUCUGCGGAUAUGUUCGGAAAAACACCCGCAUUUUUAGCGGCAGAGCACGGACUUGUGGACAAUCUUGCUUUAAUGGUGAAGAAAGGAGCCAAUGUUAAUAUUAAAACAAAAUCGUUUUCGUCACUGAGUCACCGUUCUGAUAUCGAUUUAGUUUUGGAAUCAAAGUUGAAGCUUAGAGGGGCCACCAUGCUUCACGCAGCAGCUCAUGUAGGCCAUCUGAAGGUUGUAAAUUUCCUUCUAGACAAUGGAGCAUUUAUUUCCACUGUAAACGAAGUUAACCAAACUGCAAUUCAGAUAGCCGCUGAGAAAGGACAUUUGGAAGUUUUAAAGGCGUUACACAAGGCGGGGGCAGUCGCAGAUCAAACCGCUCUGCAUCAUGCAGCAUCUAACAACAAGUUAGAUGUGGUAAAAUUCCUUUCGGGUAUUGGUGUCAAAGAUACAUGCAUGAGGUGUGAUGGCUCUUUCUAUUGGUUAAAGUCUCAAAUGGGCCAGUUCGAGCUUAAAGUUAGACGCACAACGUUAUUUCUCCAUGUUUCAGGCGACGGCCAAACGAACUCUUCGAUCUUGUAUGGCGAAUUAUUCGAUGAUAAACAUUUAAUCUACUGUGAAACUGCGCUCCACACAGCAAUAUCUUUAGGCCAUAAUGAAGUUGUCAAGGAGCUUAUUUCUAGCGACAAAAGUGCGCUAGCGUGUAAAGAUUAUUCAGGAAGAACACCCUUACACGAAGCGGUUCGAAGAAACAACAAAGAAAUCGUGAUGACUCUGCUUAAGGAAGAACAGAUAGAAAAAGACUCAGCAUGCGACUCCUUUCAAAGUUUAGGAGGCAGGGGUAUGAUUAUGAGUCGUAAAGAAUGGAUGGAAUAUGAACAAGAUAUCUGCCAGUGUGGAUACACACCUCUUCAUUUGGCCGCGAGAUAUGGCAACUGGGAAAUUUCAAUUGAUCUUCUACAAAACGGGGCAACGGUUGAGGCUAAAGACUGUUUUGGAUCGACUCCACUUCAUGUAGCAACUUGCCAUAAUCAUCAAUACAUAGUGGAGGUCCUUGUCAAGUUUGGUGCUAACAUUAGUAGCAGAACUUUCAAUGGAUCGACGCCUCUUCAUAGCGCUGCAGCAUGUGGAGUUUUAGAGAUAACUAACCAUUUAGUUUACCAUGGAGCGAUCCUUGAUGCAGCUGAUAACAGUAACUUCACAGCAUUGCAUUAUUGUAUCCUUAACGCUCAUUCUAGCCAUCAUCUAUCUCAUCUUGCUAGGUCUUACCAUGAUGACAACAGCCACGUUAGGAACACAAACUCUUACCGAUGGCUAGAUUUAUUCAUCAAUUUGAUCUUACUUGGCUCCAAUAUAAAUGCAGUCGAUGUGCAUGGUCGUUCAGUAUUGCAUUUAGCUGCCGAAAGAGGUUUGGCUGAUGCUGUCAAUGUCCUUGUGCAAAGAAAGUCACUGCUUGACAUUCUUGAUAAGUCUGGUCAAACACCAUUGACUACAGCUAUAAAGAACGCUGCAGUGGGACCCAAGCAAGGGACGAUUAGACCUUUAGAUCAGCUUCAAGAUUAUUUACAAGAUCAUGGAAUGGUAGUCUAUCUUCUGCUCUCAUCUGGAGCGUCAUUGGUGAACUGUAAUCAUUCUGGGGAGAGUUUGCUAAACCAUGCUAUUAUGAAAAAUCGGCUGCUCAUUGUUCAGCUUCUGCUAAUAAAGGGAGCAAGCGUCACCUGUAAAGAUACCCGAGGAAGGACACCUCUCUUAACUUUCCUUCAAGUUGGUGUUGAAUGGAUAGACGUGGUCCUUAAACAGUUUAAUGCUUCGGUUGAAAUCAAGUGCGGAGAGCCAUUCAAUACCUCUGAAUUUCAUUUGAUAUGUUAUACCCCACCGAGCAUGGACAAUGAUAAUUUUUUCCAACAAAUCUCCUGUAACGAUAUCUCGUGCUCCCUCAAAACAGGACCUUUAUUCACUGCAAUUGAAAAUCAUCCAUUAAAGUACAAGCUAAUCGAUUCCUGUCUAGAUGCUGAAGGAUUUACCCCCUUACAUAGAGCAGCACAAGGCGCAAACACAGUUGCUGUUUCCAACCUCAUAAGACUCGGUGCAAACCAGUCUUCCCUAGGCCCAGAUGGAUACGAUGCUUUGACACAAGCUCUCCUCCAUGCUGGAAAUACCAAAAAGUUGUUUCGAGAUCGAAAUAGUUACUCGAACUUUUAUAGAGCUUCUGUUGUAGCCCUGGAACUUCUUCGCCAUAAGAUGAAAACAAGCGGCUUCCAAAUCAUAUGUAAUUCCAGUAAAGCUGAGCUGACUCUAUACCACUUAGCAGCCUCUCGAGGCCUGCUGCACUUUAUUAGAGAGAUCUUUGAAGAUAAAGAUCUUCAUCAAUUAGAUAUUGAUUGUCCUAACAGAGAUGGAAUAACUCCAAUGUACUUAGCAAUGAUAUACAGCAAGCAAAGGGAGGACAAUGGUUUUACGCAUAAAGGUUUUACGUACGAUGGUUUUACGUACAAAGGUUUUACGUAUGAUAAUUUUCCAUACGUUUCAAACCCGUGGGCCGAAGUUGUUAGGUUUAUUGAGACUCUGGGGGGUCGGAUGCAGUAUCCAACUAGACAUGCCGAAUACAAUGUAAUCUUUAACAGGUUGUACUACUGGAUUCCGAAGGACAGAAAGGUGAAUUUAAGACCUGGUGUUCGUGAUUUGUUUGCUGAAUUUAUAUCUUCUCUUACUUAUGGGUAUAACUCCUCUUUGAGUUGCAUCUCUAUACUUUCAGAAAACUUUGAUAUUCGUUUUGACCUACUUAGACUUGACAUUUUUUUAGAAUUAAUGAGGAAAUUUGGGCACUCAAAACGUCGAGGUUUUCAACCAAGGAUACCAAAGGUAGUUUGUGCAAGGGAAUUUAUGGGGGUAUCUUUAUGGCUCGGAAAAUUUCUUAGUUCGGCUAAUUCCUCUGAAUUAGAAUUGCGACUUUUUUAUUUGACAAGAUUGUGGUAUCAGGAAGUUUUUCUGUUGUUACCUUGUUAUAAGAAAGCUUUUGCUAAGUAUCGACUAUAUUUCGAGGAUGAAAGAGAACUUAAGCUACUUAUUAAACAGUAUGAAGAUAGCAGACAGCUAUGGCACUUAGGUAACAUCUGUCUUGAGCUCACGAACAGCAAACUUUUUCAUAUUUUUUUGCCCUUUUACAACAUCAAAUAUAGAAGUGGUGAAAUUAAAGAUCUGAACUAUCCAAAAUUCAUAGAAGAGCGAAUGGGAUGGCACAAUAUGCGGGAAAUUAUCAAUGUGUCAUCAAGUUAUUGGCCAAUGGAGUUCGUAGUUAAAAUUACUUUGGGUUUGUACCCUCAAUAUGGCUACCUAAAAAUCCUAAAUGUUGGAUUAUGAUUUCGAGUUUAAUCAAUACGAGAACUUGAACUAAAGAUAACAGUUUUAAGUAAAGAACACGUUCUCAGAACAAAAGUAGAGUGCAACAGCUGAAAUAUUAAGACGAAUUGAAAGUUUCGUAUUAAUGUGAAGAUUUCUUCAUGGAAUUAAUGAGAAAGUCAUUCUUAAUUUCAAGUACAAAGUUUUUCUGAUAGAUUUGGAAUCAUCAUGCUCAGUAACGAGACACAGCGCAUGGCUUGUUAAAUCACUAAUAUAGUUACAAAAUGAGUACAAAGUACAGUGUUCGGUUUUUGGCAUUUGAGCAGAAUUGCACACAAUCAAGAAUUGAUAACAACAGGCUCAUAUUGACUUGGUCCGGAUCAUUGAUCCGAAACUAGAAAGUUUAUUUAGAUAAUUUUUGUAUACUGAACUGUUUUUGAUUAACACCUAUAUUUUACUUUGUGCAUUUUAAUUUAUAUAGAUUAAUCUUAGACG